CAUCCAUCCAUCCAUCUUAGCCGCUUAUCCUCAACAAGGGUCGCGGGGAGGGCUGGAGCCUAUCCCCGCUGUCAUUGGGCGGGAGGCGGGGUACACCCUGGACUGGUCGCCAGCCGAUCGCAGGGCACAUUGAGACAAACAGGCGGACUCACAAUCACACCUCGGGGCAAUUUACAGGGUCCAAUUAAUGUUGCAUGUUUUUGGGAAUAUGGGAGAAAACCCACGCAGGCACGGGGAGAACAUGCAAACUCCACACAGGCAGGGCUGAGAUUAAACCCGGGUCCUCAGAACUGUGAGGCCAACGCUUGUCAGUUGAUCCACCGUGCCGGCCUAAAUGCCCAUUUUAGUUUACAUUUAUUUAUGUAUUUAUUGUCAUUGCGUUACAGUACUAACCAUUUUUUGCGUCAUUUCCAUGGCAUUAACUCGUUCACUGCCAGCCAGCCAUUCUACAUUCAAUAACUUGACAAAAUGAGAAGCAACCCAGCGAAGAAAUGUAUUAUAAUACAAUAAAAUGAGCAAAGUGUAUUGCAUUUCCUUCCUCCCACCGCAUAUCAAUGGCGCCGAUGAAUGCAGUCACAGCACUGUUAAAACUAAUCCCUGUAUACUUACCUGCAGAUUAAGUCAUCGAUCUGUAUUAAAGCUUUUAUUAGAUAUAGAAUAUCAACUCAUUUAAUGGCUUACAAAAUACGGUUUUGGGGGGAAAAUGACUUGCGUUAAUAAAAUAAUCUUGAGUGACAUUACUCCUCAAAGAAACGUGUGCACGGUAAGUCAAAAAGUACUGUAUCGUCCCAUGUUUAGUUUUAUGACAGCGAGGUUCCGCCUAUUGUUUGCUUUAAGCUGUAUAACCUGCGAAUGGAUGCCCAUAUUUGACAUUGUGAGUCGGAGAAACUUGAUUUUCCAGUUCGCUGUAAAGUCACAUCCUGCUCGCGCCGGGCAACACAAGGACGAGCGGCGUAGCGUAUCCAAAGGUCCUUCACGCGCAUACGCCAGGCGAGGCGGACGGCGCCGAUGACAUGACACCGAGCAGCUGCGCUGUUGACGGCGAAUAAUACAUCAGGAGCAGAACGGGCUCGUUUGUUGGGAGACGCCAUGAAGCAUCGAGUUCCUCCCUACGCUGCUGUAAUUGUUGUUCUCGUGGUAACGUGGGCCAUUUUGAACGACUCGGGAGACUUUUUGAGGAUGAAAAUUGCAGUGCGGUACAAACCAGAAUUCCAACCAAUAACGUCUUCGCCCCCACCAAAGUGCAACCUCUCCAAAAGGUGCCCACCUGAUCACUUUGCAAUCCACGUGCGCAGCGGAGCAGCUAAUGUUGUCGGGCCCAAGAUCUGUUGGGAUGGGAAAAUCGUCAUGAACCAUGUACUGAACAACGUGGGACCUGGACUCAACAUUGUUGUUGUAAACAGUGAGAGCGGCGCCGUGGACAGAUGUGGCUAUCUGAAUAUGAACGACGGAGUCCCAGAGGACAUCUUGGCGUACCUAAAAGAGAUUAAACCUGGAGAGAUUGUCAUUGUGGCCUCCUUCGAUGACGUGACAACCAAGAUGACAAACGAAAUGAGGGAGAUUUUUGUCGGGAUGGGCAGCGCUUUGAUCAAGUCUGUAAGUUACCGUGACAACUGGGUGUUUGCAGGAAGAGGCGGGACAGGAAACAGAAGCUCCUUUGAGAAGCGAGCUGCUAAUGACGACGCGAGCAACAUUUAUGAGGGGUGGCCCGCGGCGGUGGAGGUGGGGGGCUGUUUCCCAAGAACCUCUUAAGGACAUUUGCCAUAAACUGGAAGAUAGGAAUACAUAUUAUAAAAAAAAGCACUUGCCACCACUUCCUAUCACAUGUCUUAAUUGACAUACAGUACAAUUUGCUUAAGGUGCCUUUAGUCUCCUCAUCAGAAGAACUUGAAAAUGGAGCAGAAUAAUGAAACGCAAAAGAGGUCUUAUUUUGAAGUGCACAUACCAACACAAUGAUAACGUGUCUCCUUUAUCAUGUACUCUUUAUUUAUUGGAUGUAUGUGACUGGCAUGUGCCACUCACUGUUAGCUGUUAAGUGUUGGGCCAUCAUGUCUAAUAAUAGGUUACACGUAACUAAAUAAUUUCUUACAUGGUUUGACUGUCCACAGCAAGUUAUUUGAUAAGUCAGUUUGCUCAUAUAUAUUCUAUUUUCAUCAUCAAAUAGAAGAUUCUACAUGUUUCCCUGUCAAUUGCUGAAAAAAAUAAUGACCAGAUUUGGGUCCUUGCUGGACUCUUAAACCGUACAUACUGUUUUGUCUUUUUCAAUUGUAUAUUUUGUUGUUGUCAAGCUUAACAUGUCCACUCUGUCAUAGUGAAAUAAUCAAUUUACAUAAAACCAGAAAUUCAAAAUGUAUUCAUUAAACAGGACAAAGUCUGCUAACUGAAUUAUUGUUGCUGAGGGAAGGCAAAUAGUGUGCUGGCAUUAGCCACAAAUGUCCACACAUUCAACAAGCUGACAUUUUAUUGAUUGCAUCUACAUUCUCUGUUUGCAUUUUAAUUUAUUGAAAAAUAAAUUGAUGCUUGACCAAUAUGCCCUUCUGACAGCGUAACAUUUACUUAAUGAAUACGAAGCUCAAUGGAAAAACUGAGUAUUUUUUUUCAUCAGGAUCAACAUGAAUGAAAAAGUACAGAUUUUUUUGUUCCUGGCUGUAUUAACAAUUUCAUUUUUAAAAAAUCAAUUUGACGGUAGCCUUUCCAUCAGCACAUAUAUUCUUCAUAAUUGCUUCAUGGAAAAUAAUAACAUGACAAAACAUGACACUGACCUUAACAAACCAGAGGUGACUCCUACUUUUGAGUUGUACUUAUUUAGCAUCUCCGAUAUUGAAACUGAACAAAAAAAACAAACAUAUUUCCGUCAACUGCAGAGUUAUCGACUUUAAAUGCGAUUCCAAUUUCCUUUUCACACACUAAUAGAUGAAAAAUCACCUUGAGGCAAAAUGUAAGUUCUCAUUGAAACAAUAGAUGUGAACUAAACCUAAAUGAACUGCAAAUUCCCAUUUGCAAUGUUUGAAACCGUGUGACGAAAAAAGGUGUCAAGAGCGCAAAUGAGCCAACACUCUAGGUGCACUAUCUUCGUUAAAUUAAGCCACGGCUGUUGAAGGUAUCACAAAAGUGUUCAUACCGCCUGAACUUUUCUGAUGAAUGUCAUAAACAGGUACCGAUAACCCUUAAUGAUCUCCAGUGCAACCAAUUGUGUUCAUAUGUCACCAGAAUCUAAUGACAGGAUGAAAAUCAUAUUUCUGUCUGGGACUGGGACAUUAUGCCCCUGAGCAGGGUCACCCAGGGUAAAGAAGGCCCAGGGAAGGGACCAGAACAAAGCAUGGCUCUAAAAUUCCCUCUGGUACACAAUAAUGACACGGUCACCUGUAGCCAGGCCUCACGUCCGGUGGGCUGACCUGGACCCGUAAAGGCCAGCUGGGCGGAACUCAAAAGAGGCGACGUCUGCUACCCACGUGCUCAGACCUCAUGGCCGGGGUCAGCCGGGUGUCGGUGCGAUCCCCGGCUACAGAAGCCGGCCUCCAGGGACGUAUGCCACCUGUGCUGGUGUGCGAGAAGUUCUGACUUGAUAAUGACACACGUGGGUGUUUUCAACUGUGACGUUCAUGAAUAUUAUGAAGCUGUCUCGUUAGUACCUGUUGUGACAUUUCCAAUGAAUGAGAUUGUCAAAUUAGCUUAUGGGCUAUCUGACUGUGCUGUCGCUGAACACCUCUGAGGUAUCUUGCUGCGAGGCAGCAAAGUGUGAACCAUUUAGCCACAGCUGCAAUCCCAUAAAGUGUUAAGUACUACAGUACUGUGUUGUCAUUAUGACCACCCAGGUGACGUUUGUUCAUGUGACUCAUGCAGGAAAUGAAAAGGUAAACAUCCUGAUUGAUCGUCAGGCAAACUUGCAGUUACUCAAUAAAUUUGUUGUUUAGUACAUGUAGGGCAGCACGGUGGAUCAGCUGGAAAGCGUUGGCCUCACAGUUCUGAGGUCCGGGGUUCGAUUCCGGACCCGACUGUGUGGAGUUUGCAUGUUCUCCCCGUGCCUGCGUGGGUUUUCUCCGGGCACUCUGGUUUCCUCCCACAUUCCAAAGACAUGUAACAUUAAUCGGACACUCUAGAUUGGCCCAAGGUGUGAUUGUGGGUGCGGCUGUUUGUUUCUGUGUGCCCUGCGAUUGACUGGCAACCAGUUCAGGGUGUGCCCCGACACCUGCCUGUUGACAGCUGUGAUGGGCUCCAGCACUCCCGCUACCCUCGUAAGGAUAAGCAGCUAAGAAAAUUGAUGAAUAGUCCAUAGUAUACAUUUCCAUGUAUGAUAUAGUUAUUGGAUGAUGAACAUUGUUUUUCCUUACUUGGCCAGCGGAGGGCAGUGCAGGCACCUCUUUAGAUAUUUUCUGUCCUUACAUAACUUUUUUGUUUCAUUCCAGAGGUUUUCUAAAGCAAUGGAAAUGACUAAGCAUAUUUACAUAUAUUUAAUAUUUACUGACAGUGUCAAUGCAUUAUCA